UACAGAAGUUAUCUGAGGAAAUAUUUGUCCGUAGAUACUUUGGACCACACGGCGUAAAGCGAGAUGUGUCACUUGAACAACAGCUCGAAUGCUUGAUUGUUUCUAGAAUGGCUGAGACAGAAGCUGUGGAAAAGAACAGUAAAGGCGAAAUACCAUUCAAAUUUCCUGCCGAUAUUAAGGACUGGAAGAAAGAACAUGUGAGAGAUUGGAUUCAUGGAUUACCAGAUGUGGACAGUGAAAGUGCAAAUAUUUUGUGUAAUAACGACAUUACUGGGCCUAGUCUUUUAUUGCUGGAGAAGUCUGAUCUUCUAAAUAUAGGCAUUAAGCUGGGUCCAGCAAUACUGAUUAUUGACAAGAGAGAGGAACUGAAGUCUUAUCAGGUAAACAGACAACAGAACCCAAUUGCUAAUUUAUGCAAGCCCUACCCUUUCAACAGAUUUCACUCUGCCCACAGAUACAAGGAAAACAGCAUACUUGAUGUAAUAGAAACAGGUCCUCUAAACCUCAUAGAGCCAUGCCAUGAGUAUAAAGCAUUUGUCAAUUUCAAUGAUGUGACGGAAAAAGAUAAAUUGAAUAAGUUUACAGAUGAAGUUAUAAGAUUUGCUUCUGCCUGCAUGAAUAGCCGCACUAAUGGUACUAUUCAUUUUGGUGUUGGAGAUUUACCAGACUACGAACAUGGGCAAAUUUUGGGUACUUACGUUGAAAACAGAGAAGCAUUUGAAACAGCGCGAGUUGAAGCAAUUAAGGGCCAUUUUGAAGGUAAUCAAAUCAAUGUGGCAGAAAAAUGUAUUAAACCUCCUAGAUUUGUUGAGGUACUUGAUGCAGAUAAAUUCUUAGCAAAGUAUGUCAUUGAGGUUGACGUUGAGCCAUUAUCCUUUAUUUGCAACGAAAGCUCAUUUCACGUUUACAAGAUAAACUCAAGAAAAUAUAAAAAAUCAGGCAAAGGUGUGGGUGCAAAAUUAUAUUACAUUCGAGAUAGUAGUAGUAGCAGAAAUCUGCUCAGUGAAUCUUCUUCAGAAGAGUACCGCAAACAUAUUGAAAACAUGCCGCAUUUGUCCCAGAUGAGGAAAGAAGCUGAGAAAAAACACCUUACCAAUGUUAAAGACAGUGUGCAGGGUUCUAAGCUUUGUGAGAUGCUAACAGGAGGUUCUCAUUCUCUGGACAAAUCUAAUUUUGAGCAGUACAUUCUAGUUACCAACAAAUCCCAUUUAGUUCAAAGAGAAUCACUGUCAUUCCUUCUAGACCUGAACCUGACAGCUGUUUUGGACUUUGAUCCAGAAUCUGCCGACACUGGCUUAAAAAAGGUGUUUGAGGAGAGAAACACUAAUGUUCAUAAACCUGUGAAUUAUAAAAUCACAGAGGCAGUUGAGGAUAUAGCAUGUAAGCUUAAGCUAACCAGAACCACUAGCUGGGUUUUCUGUAAUGGAGAAGUGAAUGAUGAACAACCCUCUGAUCUUGGUAACUGGCUGAGAGAGAAAGGGUCCUCUGCCCGUGAUGUGGUGUCAUUUCUUUGUCGAAAAGAAGUGUUGCCUCACAAGAAAUUUCUUGUAAUAUUUACGCUGUUAAGUGAUGUUACUGACAUACAUGAUCCUCUGCUUGAGACUUUCAGUAUGUUUUGGCAGGAGCUGAAUGGUACGAAGCAAAUCUUAUGCAUAUGUGAAAAUGAAAGUUCAUAUAUUCACUGGAAUGAACUCAUUAAUUGUCGAUAUAGUGUAGACAUUUCUAAAAGAUGCAUUUAUGAGCUCAGCCUUGCUGAGAUUAAUGGCACUGUGCUCAAUCUUUGGUCAGAAAAUCGAAAAUUAGAUAGAUUUUUGCCUGGUGGGUGUGGUAAAGUUCUGUUACCCAAGAAAGUGGAGGGCAGUUUAGAUACACUGAAUGUUCUUUGUGUAAACCAGUGCGAAGGAGGCAAUGAGGACAAACUCCAAUUGGAGGAAAGUUUUUACAAGGGAGGGAAGGUGUCUUGGUGGAACUUCUACUUUUCAGAGCAGGCUGGAUCAGUGCCAUUUAUCAAACGAGACAAGGUUGACUACAUCAUUGAUACUAUGAUACCAGAUAUGUGCUCCCUCAGGAAAGCUUGUGUUCGUUUGAACGUAUGUCAUAUCACUGGUUGUGGAGGAACUACUCUAGCCAUGCAUGUCUUGUGGAAUGUAAAAGAGAAAUUUCGUUGUGCUGUAUUAAAAAACAAUGCAGCUGAUUAUGCUGAUGUAGCCCAACAAGUAGUUACCUUGUUGACUUUUGAGAAAAAUGAGCAACAAGCUCAGCUUCCGGUUUUGCUCAUGAUUGAUGACUUUAAAGACAUUAAUGAUAUAAAUGAUCUCCAACAGCACAUUGAAACAGAAUGUCUAAAAAAAGUGGUUACCUUCAGGUUUCCCCAAGUCAUACUUUUAAAUUGCAUGAGAACAGACCGGAUUGAACAAACUGAAGCAACAGAUGAUACAGUUUUCAUCGGCAACAAACUAUCAGAGAAUGAAAAAAAAUUCUUUGAGAAAAAGUUGGAGGAAAUUGAAAAAAUCUACACAAAUGCUGAAACAUUCUAUGGUUUCAUGAUCCUGAAAACAGAUUUUUCAACAAAGUAUAUACAGGGUGUUGUCAAAAAUACCCUGAAGGGCUUUAACUUUAAAAAUAAACAUGCACAACUAAUCGCAGUUUUAGUACUUUUGGAAUGCUACAGCAAGAGUGCAGGUUUGUCAGUUUCAGUUUGUGAAGAAUUUCUAGGUCCACCACAUUCUAGUUCAUGCAAAGUGGAGGAUGGCUUUGAAAAGUUUUCCACUCUUGUUACACGGUGCUUAGUAGAGUCUUCUGUGAAGUUUGAGGCUAUAAAGGUGAUCCACUCAAGUGUGGCAGAACACUGUUUAGAAGAACUUACAGAUACAUUUAAUGUAUAUAAAGAACAAAUAAUUACAUUCCUGAUCACAACAGAUGUGUUUUACAGUUGCAUUCAGGGAAAAAAAAAACUCAAGCAAGAUGUCCACAAUAUGUUGGUUAAAAGGUCAGCUACUUCCAAGUUUUCACCUCUUAUCCAAGACAUUGCAAAGGAGACUCCUGGACUUGAAGAAAAGGUUUUACUCAAUGCUGAAAAACGCUUGGGUAACAAUGCAGUAAUGUUCCAGCUUCUUUCAAGGUACUAUUAUCUGAAGAAAAAAGACUAUAGAGAGGCAAACCCGUGGGCAAAAAAGGCAAGAGAUCUUCAGAAGGAUAGCUCCUACUUUUGUGAUACAUGUGCACAAGUAAUUAAGCACGAGCUGAAAGAUGCCAUCAGCAAUGACAAAGACAAUCCAAUCAAAGCUGACAGAUUGGAAGAGUAUCUCAAAAUGGCUGAGUCUGCCACAGAGGUUUUCAAAGAAACACAGGCCAUUGCUAAAAAGGAAAUUUCUGAUCAAUAUCAAGGGAAAAGGGAUUUUAGUCCCUAUAACACAGCAGGUCACCUUGGUGAGCUGCAGGUUGCUGUAAUGGUGAUUGACAUACUACAGAGGUGCCCAUUAUUUUCUGUAGAUGUUCUGUGUCAGAUUCUCUCAGGUAAAACAAAAAUAGAUGAUGUGAAAGCACAAGAUCCAGAUCAGACAACGAAUACAUCCUAUUACAAUGUAUUGCCCAAGUUUGAAGAUCUCCUUUAUAACCUCAAACACAACAUGAAAAACCAAUUCGAUUUCUUUGACAGUUAUUUUGUCAACUUGAGGCCAUAUCAUCCCGAAAUAGAUCAACACAAGUUGAAUCUGCGACAGAAGACUUCCAAGUGCUUUCAAGAAUAUGCUAACCUUUUUUUAAGUUCAGAAUCUCAGGAAAUGAGUAGAAACCAAGCCUGGGGCAUCAUGAACCAGAUUGAAGAAAAGAGACUGUUUCUGGAAAAGAGCAAAGCUGAUUCUUUUAGUGGACUGCUUGACUGUUUUUACAGCAUAAACUCCGCAGAAAACAUUGAACAAAUUGCUACAUAUUAUAGGUUUAUUUUAGAUAAAUCUGAAAAUAGAUGCUGUAAAGACACUGUCAACUACUUUUAUGCAAAUAUUGUUCUCAGUCAAGUUAAACCUGAAUCUCGGCACCUUCUGUCAUACAAGAAGCUUGUUAGUCUGCUUUUUCAGACACUUUCAUGUCCCACCCCUUCUAGUGAAAGCUUACCACUGCAUUUCAUUGCAGUUAUGAUGGCAUGGCCUGAGACAGGUGGCAAAUCAAGUGACAAGUUGGGGAGUUAUAUAACGCAGAUGAGAAAUUCUUUUGACAAUACAAUGAAACAUGUUUGCCAUGGCAAAAGAGCAACUAUUCAUUUUUACCUGGGAAGGAAAACAGGUUACAUGCGUCUGAUCCCUCAGAAGGAUAUUGAUGAAUGUGUGGGUCCAGAGAACACAAUUGUAUCUCAGUUGCAAAGUGGAAAGCUAUGGAAACACGACAGAGUGAUAAAUAUGCUCCUCAGAGUUACAGGAACAAUUUCCAAAGACUACAUUAUGGCAGAAACAUCCAAUGCUAAUUUGAAAGUUGAAGUUUUACCAUUUUUCAAAAGUCAGUUAGGUAAAAGACCUGGAUCCAGAGUAUCAUUUUUUGUUGGUUUUUCCAUGAAUGGGCCAAUUGCGGUAGACGUUCAGCCUGUAAUGUAGGUUUUUAACUGACACAUGGGUAAAAAAUGUGGUUGACAAAACUUAAAUGAAUUGCUCUACAACAUUUUACCUACCAAGGCAUAAUGUGUACAUUUGUUUUUUUGAUAAAAUAAGAAGGCUAUCAGACACUGACCUUUAAUAAGGCCAGACUCAUAUUCUAAUAGUCUUUCAUUAGCCUGUCAUGGCUUAUGUAGCUGGCUAAUUACUAAAUAGUUUUUAGUUAAGUGUUACAGAUUAACUUGAUGAACUUGUUUGUAAAAUAGAUCACAAAAUGAUGUGCUUCUUGGCAACAAAAUAUUGUAUGUCAAGUGAGAUGACGAUUGUUUUCAUUUAGGAUUCAUUUACUGUAGUGUUUAAACAUGGCCAUGUUAAUUAGUUGAGCUAUGUAUGUUUGGUUUAUUGUAGUUUAUUUUUAACUGUUUUUUAUUACAGAGUUUGUCGCAUUUCAUCAUUUUAGUUUUGCCAUUUGAUUGUCACCGUUGACUAUUUUAACAGUUGUAUUUAUUUAAAGAUUUCAAAACUUUUUUCCCACUUAAUAUUGUUAAUACUGUGUGAAUAUUGUACAAUCUAUUAUUUUUAAUUUUGGUGGAUUAUUUUUUGUCUUUUGUUUCUACUAUAUCAUAUUUUGAAUAACAAUAAAUAUGUUAAUUGACAAUUUUGUUGCCAUCAUCAACAUUAAGAAACAAAAUAAAAUGUUAAUGUUAAAUUAAAAGAAAAGCCUGUACUAAAAGCCAGUACCAAGUUAGUCUGAACCUUUUUUGGGGCCCAAUAUGUAACUAGCUAGGGCCUGGUGUGUAAUUAGCCCCCAUGUGUUAUCUUUUUAUCUGUACAUAUGGACUGUGAAUAAUUUAAUGUUACAAGAACGGAGAUUAACAUAAACAUUGAGGGAAUAUUUUCAAUAUAUUAAAUAUAUUAAAUAUGAAAAUGCAUUCAAAUAGUUUAAGUUCUAGAUAUAAACUGUGCACAAAAAUACAAUUUUACCUACUUUAUAUUAAGAUAAAAAUGUUGCCACUUCUGAUUUGAAAGAAAUCACAACAUUUUGGUGAAUGAAAUUUCUUAAUGACAAAAUUAUUAAACAUCACCCGAAUGUAAAAAUUGCAGAGCCAUCGCAAACACUUUAAAUAUCCUUGUCAUUUUAAUCAGUUAAAUUGUCACUAGACAGGUGGCACAUGCCUGAUUUCUGAAUCUGCUUUUAAAAACAGCAAGAAACCACAGUUACACACUAAACAUUGGACUGCACUCACUCACUCACUUUUUAACCGCUUAUCCAAUCAGGGUCACGUACAGUCACCAAUUCAAUGUCUCCAAUUAACUGAUGGCAUGUUUUUGGACUGUGGGAAGAAACCCACACAGACACGGGGAGAACAUGCAAACUCCACACAGAAAGGACCCGGACUGCCCCGUCUGGGGAUCUAAUCCAGGAUCUUCUUGAUGUGCUACCCACCGAGCUACAAUUUGCCAAAAUUUGCACCCAAGCAAAUACAUUAAACAGUAGUCAGAUGAAACACAAUAGAACUUUAACAAUAAUUCAGCUCAUUAUACUUAGAGAAAGAGGGGUUGUGCGUUUGAUUCCAAUGACAUUAUAACUGUAAGUAGAUAAUUAUAUAUCCUGACUUUGCAUUUACGUGUUAAGAAUUUUGCAGGGCCUACCUUGUGCGUUUAAUGUAAAUAUUCUACUUCUUGCUGCUUGGUGUUGAGUUAAUAUGUUUACUAUGUGAUCUAAACUGUCAAGCAGUUGCCAUAUUUUAACCAUUCCUUAGUUAAUUAGUGGUUUUAGUUUUUCAUGAACUAUGAUUUAACAAAAAAUAAUCUGCAUCUGACUGUCCAGUUGCAAAGCUAUAUUUACAGUUAUAAUGUAAUUAAAUGUAAACUUCUUAUACUGAAUUUAAGACAGCAUACAUUGUUUACCUUAUUUUGUGAUUAAUUAAAACAUUUUGUUACAUUGA